AUGUCUGCAAGGCGAUCUACAGAUUCUGGAGGAAGCGAUCGGAGAAAACAUGCCAGAGAAGAAAAUCGACAUGCCAAUGAGAAGAAGGUGAAUUUAACAAAAGAACCCAAAAGGGAAGUGGAAAAAAUAGUAGGUGUUACGGAUGACAAUGGGGAAUUGGAGUUUGGUAUAAAGUUUAAGGGUAAUGAAGCUUUGGAACUUGUGCCGGCCCGAGUUGCAAAUUUGGAAUACCCACAACAAAUUAUUGCUUAUUAUGAAGAACGUUUGGUUUGGGAAUCUCGCGAUGGGUCACAAGUGAAAGCACUUCCACCCUCAAAAAAUAAAGUUUCCUAA